GGCUCCAGAGGAGGUGUUGGCCGUGUUUUGCAGGGCAGCAGAUCCGGAAGCUGAUCAAGGACGGGCUGAUCAUCAGGAAGCCGGUGACCGUGCACUCCCGCGCCCGCUGCAGGAAGAACACGCUGGCCCGCAGGAAGGGCCGGCACAUGGGCAUCGGUAAGAGGAAGGGCACGGCCAACGCCCGCAUGCCCGAGAAGGUCACCUGGAUGCGCCCCCGCAGGUACCACAGCCUGUACCUGAAGGUCAAGGGCAACGUGUUCAAGAACAAGCGGAUCCUCAUGGAGCACAUCCACAAGCUGAAGGCGGACAAGGCCCGCAAGAAGCUCCUGGCGGACCAGGCGGAGGCGCGGCGCUCCAAGACCAAGGAGGCGCGGAAGCGGCGGGAGGAGCGGCUGCAGGCCAAGAAGGAGGAGAUCAUCAAGACCCUCUCCAAGGAGGAGGAGGCCAAGAAGUGACCCCGUGGGCUGUCCCUGCCAGGGAGUGUGUUCCAGCUUCCAGCACCCAAUAAAAAACCAUCCGGGACCCCUC